CAGUAAAGAUAGCCCAAAGAGAGCGGUGUGGUGCCUAUCAUGGAUUUAAAGUUAGAAAUUUUCGGGUCUCUGUGUUUCGCAGUGAUAUCGAAUUUGGUUCUAAAAGGCGCAGAAAGUUCUUCAACAAGUUUCGACGAAAAUGGGAAUUUAAUCAUCGGACUGGCCAUUGUACACGAACGUGAACAGCCUGAGGUGCGCGCCCUCACAUCCCAAGCCAUUCGGUCCGUCCUAGCAAAAGAUGGUGGAAUAUCGAUUUAUGACUAUUAUAUAGCGUACAAUCGUGACCGUGUAAUCUUCACCGACAAUGAGGAAUUGUGCACCGCUAUGCGGAAAGGAGUUACCAUCCUGCUCGAUUUCACCUGGACGGAUUCGAGCCGGAUCAUGACGGCGGCUGACAAUUUCAACAUUCCGUACGUGCAUGCGGACGUGUCCUCGCAGACGUUGCUGAAACUUAUGGAAAACUACCUGCGGGCUCGUGGCGCAAACGAUGUCGUGCACAUUUUUGACAGUACGGCUAGUGCCGAUGCGGCAAUUUUCUUUCUAAUCACAGAAUCCCAGCUGAGAACCAUCAUCAUCGACCAGUUGAAUGAGGCAAAUGUCGAACGAAUACGAUCAAUUCGACCCUAUCCGUCGUACUUUUCGAUGAUCGCUAGUACGAAGAACAUGAAUUCGAUGUUCAAAAAAUCUCUCGCUGGGGGGCUUGUCGCCAAACCGGAUAAGUGGAACCUGAUGUUUUCGGAUGUAGAGACGGAAGUUUUCGAGUAUCACCAUCGGUAUCCGACGAUGAGUCAACUGAUUACGGAAAAGCACUCGUGUUGUAGACUGCUGAAUUUAGGCGGCAACUGUACAUGUCCAGCUGGAUUCAAGCCCUGGGAAGCACACUUGCAGAAUGUGGUCACAAGCGUGCUGAACAAAGUGCACCAAGACCAAUUCCCUUUGGUUUCCGUAGAUAAUUGUAGUCUAGCCGAGGACAAUAUGGGCGAAGCGGUGAACGCUUCGGAAAUUUUCCGAGAGUUUCGCAGUGAUGAUCGAUUUUGGAUACCCGAUGGGAGCAGAAUGGUGCGCUAUAAUCUGAACAUAUCAAUUUGGACAUCGACAGAAGACGAUGAAACUAAGGCAAUCCAGCUAGGCACGAUUCGUAAUGGGCGUGUAAUACCGCUAGAAGAACACACGAUUAAAUCUACAAAAAGAUAUUUCCGAGUUGGGACUACCGAGUCGAUACCCUGGGCUUACCGUCAACGAGAUCCGGUCACAAACGAGAUUGUAUUGGAUGAAGUCGGAAAUCCUAUUUGGGAAGGAUACUGUAUAGAUUUCCUCCAACAGUUAUCCGAGGUUAUGAGUUUUGACUAUGAUUUGGUAUCACCCGUAAAUGGAACAUUCGGCCAACGGGACAAGGAAGGUAAUUGGAAUGGACUGGUGGGUGAUUUGGUAGUUGGAGAGAUAGAUUUCGCUAUGGCGUCGAUGAAGAUGACCGCCGAGCGAGAGGAGGUGGUUGAUUUCGUGGCGCCAUAUUUCGAACAGACCGGUAUACUGAUUGUGAUGAGGAAACCAGUUCGUGAAACUUCACUGUUCAAAUUUAUGACGGUCCUACGCCUGGAAGUAUGGUUGAGUAUUCUGUUAGCGAUUAUAGUCACUGCUAUCAUGCUGUGGCUACUGGAUAAGUUCUCACCGUACAGCGCAAAGAAUAAUAAGGAUGCUUAUCCCUACGAGUGUCGGGACUUCACUUUGAAGGAGAGCUUUUGGUUUGCUCUGACCUCAUUCACUCCCCAGGGGGGAGGCGAAGCUCCUAAAGCUCUCUCGGGACGAACUCUCGUCGCCGCUUACUGGCUAUUCGUGGUACUCAUGUUGGCUACCUUCACCGCAAAUUUGGCUGCAUUUCUAACCGUGGAAAGGAUGCAGACACCAGUCCAAUCCUUGGAGCAGCUCUCUCGCCAAAGUCGCAUAAAGUACACGGUAUUAAAGGAUUCCGAUACUCACGACUACUUCAAGAACAUGAAAAACGCCGAGGAUGUCCUGUACGAAAUGUGGCGCAAUCUGACACUCUCCAGCGGGAACGAUCAAGCUCAGUAUCGGGUUUGGGAUUACCCGAUCAAGGAGCAAUACAUCAACAUUCUGGCAGCGAUCGAUUCCGCGAAUCCGGUAGCGACAGCCGAAGCCGGAUUCAGACGCGUUAACGAACACUUGGAAGCGGACUUUGCGUUCGUACAUGAUUCGGCGGAAGUAAAGUACGAAAUAUCCCGCAACUGUAAUCUCACGGAAGUUGGUGAAGUGUUCGCCGAGCAGCCAUACGCAAUUGCCGUUCAACAAGGCAGUCACCUGCAGGACGAGCUCAGCUAUUACAUCUUGGAGCUGCAAAAGGAGCGCUAUUUUGAAUCGCUGACUGCAAAGUUCUGGAACAAUUCCAAGCGGGGCGUUUGUCCCAAUAUGGAUGACAGCGAGGGUAUUACGCUGGAAAGUCUUGGUGGAGUUUUUAUAGCGACAUUGGUUGGGUUGGCUCUGGCGAUGAUUACACUGGCCGGCGAGGUUCUGUACUACCGACGCCGGGAUAGGCUAGGUAAAUUGAUAAAGGUUGGACCAGUCGAUAACCAGCUGGAAAGCAAAUCUAAGAAAAAACAUUUACUGACAGUCUCCGGUAUACUUGAGACGAAUUCAAAGAACAAUUUGAACAAAUUCCUGGAUAAGAAACUAUCACAAAACGUAACUAUUGGGAGCAAAUUUGUGCCGGCAUCGGAGAAGCAGCGAAAAAUCAACUACAUAUCCGUGUUUCCCAGGAAACCCAUUCAUUAGAUUCAGUACACGAUGAGUGAUGGUAAUAUAUUAUAAACACAAAACGUUAACAAUGAUAAUUAAACGUUUUGCAUUGAUUGAAACUCGCUGUAGCAACACAUAGUUGAAUGCUUCUUCAUCUUAGUUGAUCAGGCAAAAGUUGUG